AGUGAGAGGAAGAAGAGAAGAGUUGCGAAGUUGUUGAAAAAAAUGGGACACACUGGCGAGUUUUUCAAGAGAAGGGACCAGUGGAGGAGGCAUCCAUUGUUGACCAGCAAUCUCCGCCAAGCCACUCCCGGUUUGGGCAUCGCUCUUGUUGCUUUUGGAAUCUACCUUGUUGGUGAACAAGUCUACAACAGAUUCAUCGCUCCUUCUCCCUCUCAUUCUGAAUACCAUCACCAGUCUCCUGCUUCAUCUUCUCAUUGAUUGAUGGCUGAGAGGGCAGAUGUCGCCAAGGUCAGAGAUUGCUUGAACCUGUUUCGAUUUCCCGCUUCAUGGUUUGAUUUAAUAAGUACAUAGUUGGCAUGUUCUACCAAUAGUUAUUUUGUUUCACAACUUUGAAUGUAUGACUACUUGUAUGUUUUCUAUAGAUGUUAUAUUUCCUCUGUUAAUGUGGUAGUCCUUUAAUCUAAUAAGAAGUUUCUUCAUAUC